AUGGACUCGGAUUCAGAAUAUGAGUAUGAAUAUGGGACGGAGACGGAGACCUUUUAUCUCAACUUGGAUUUGAGCUCCCACCACGGCGCAGUGCGACCACCCCGCCGUCGCGACCAAACUUCCACCCAGACUACAGACGACAAUGGCUAUAGCAACCCCCAAGAAGCCUUCACCCCGAUCGACACCACCGAGGGGGCUGCCCUCCCAGACGAGCGAAUCCAGAUCCUCGGUCUGCACACGUGCAACCCGGUGGUGUCGUACUACAAUCAAAUAUUCAGCUGCUCCUGGGCCGAUCAGAUCGGCACCGAACUAGUGUUUGCCAAUCCAGACACAGACCCUGAUAUGGACAACCACCCUACAGAGCCGUUGCACCGUGGCCCCUCCUACGAGCUUAUCGCCGCCAACAGCGCGAAGAUCCUCGGUCGGAAAGCCACACUCGCCUCAAGCUCGGGCAAAGGAACGGACACCGAAAGAACUUUAAACGCGGGUACAUCUGCAGAGGCGUCCUCUCAGGGUCCAGCAUACCAAGGCGUGCCCCGUCGAGCCGCGCCGACGCACCAGGCGCAGUUUAUUCAACGACUGCAGCAGAUCAAGACUGCCAAGGGAGAGACGGAUCCAGUUCGCACGGUCAUGAGUACAAAGCGCAACGUGAACAUUACUGACCGGCUGAGUGGCUGGGCCCGUACCGAGGCGCAGAUGGCCGAGAUCGAGCAACUCAACCAACGUGCUCUUCAAGGGGACCCAGACGCUCAGGCGACAUUAGAGCAGCUGAUUCAAGAGCUUAAUGCACCUGAGAAUUCUGGAUCGGAUGAGUCUAGUGAUGAGAGUUCUGCAUCUUGA